UUUGAGUGAAUAUGAUAAGUGGUCAACACAAACCUUUUGAAAUUCCGAUUCAAUGGUAGAAUGUCUUAAACAGAAUGGAUGUACCCAAGCUUGUUGAAUUUCCAAACAAGCAGGUGAUCUCCAGAUUUUUGCCGUAAUUCGAUCUAAUUUGUCUUGAGGACCUUCUUCUGCAUCAUUUAGUUCUAACAUUGGAAGAUGCCAUCGCUCAGUCCGCUGUCUUCACAAAUGAUUUUGACCGCCGCCCUAAAGUGAUAUUACCGUUGCGGCUCUUAACCGCUUUAAGGAAACAAUACAGAAGAAUCGCUCUUCCGGAGCUAUGAGUGGCGAAUCUGUAACGCUGGGUGGAUCGCAGCGUUCGCUCCGCAGUGCUGCAUCAUCUAUAUCACCGCACCAUCGUAGGCACGGUGCAGGAUCUGGUCGCAUGAUGCAUCAUUCGCAUAGCACACCGGCUGGAGUAGAUGGGGUAGCCUCUUCUUCGUCCUUAGGCCGGUCGAGUGUGCCUGGAACUCCAAGAAAACCGGGAAAAAUGUUGGCCAUAAGAGUUCUAAUGUUAGACGAGACUACCACGAUUUUUCAAAUUCAGUCAAAGGCUCUGGGCAGAUUAUUAUUUGAACAAGUUUGCAGGCAGCUUAACUUGUUAGAAGAAGAUUAUUUUGGUUUAGAAUAUGAGGAACAUAAUGGUACAAAAUAUUGGCUCGAUUUGGAAAAACCCAUGUGCAGACAAGUUGGAUUUUCGCUGGCUGAUCCUUUUCUUAGAUUUUGUGUGAAAUUUUAUACACCAGAUCCCGGACAGUUAGAAGAAGAAUUUACGAGAUAUUUGUUCUGUCUGCAGAUAAAAAGGGAUCUUAGUGAUGGCUCAUUAACAUGCAAUGCACAUACAGCUGCUUUAUUAUCUAGCUAUAUUGUUCAAUCUGAAUGUGGCGACUAUGUGGCGGAGGAUUAUCCUAAUCAUACCUAUCUGUCACAUUAUAAGUUCACACCAAAACAAGAUGAUAUUUUAGAACGGAGGAUAAUGGAAAACCACAAAAAGCAUAUGGGACAAUCACCUGCUCAAGCAGAUAUGAAUCUUUUAGAAACCGCUAGGAGAUGUGAAUCAUACGGUAUGAAAAUGCAUCCUGCUAAGGAUAAUGAGGGGGCACCUUUAAAUUUGGCAGUUGCCCACAUGGGAAUUGUUGUUUUUCAAAAUACUACAAAGAUUAAUACAUUUUCUUGGGCCAAGAUACGAAAAAUUUCAUUUAAGAGAAAACGGUUUCUUGUUAAAUUGCAUCAUGACGUAUAUGGCCAUUACAAGGAUACAAUGGAAUUUAUAUUUGAUGGCAGGAAUGAAUGCAAAAAUUUUUGGAAGAAAUGUGUUGAAAAUCAUGGAUUUUUCAGAUGUACAACAGUCAAACGGGUGCCAAGACAUAAGACAAGAGUUCUGUCAAGAGGUAGCUCAUUUAGAUAUAGUGGAAAAACUCAAAGACAAAUGGUAGAAUAUGUACGAGAUAAUUAUGUGAAGCGUCAAACAUUCCAAAGGUCCCAGUCUUUCCGCCACUCGUCAGCGGGUUUGACUUCAAUGUCUGCAAGUAGUGCCCACAGUGUGAAUGCCAGUAUAUCCGCCAAUCCUUUGCUGCCUCUUGCCGACCCUGUGGAGCUAACAUGUCAGCUUCCUUCUUGGAGCUCGACGUCGGGUUCUCAGAUGAUGAGAGAAACGGAAGUAUCACCCCCCCGCAGCAUACGUACAGGUUACAGCAGCAGUCCCGCGCAUCCUCACGCAGCCACAACUCUCAACAGUAUUCAGGUGGAAACGUAUGCGAUGCCUGCUGCAAGCAGCCACAUUGUCAACUCGUCCAACACUCCCAGCAUACCUGUUCAGACAUUGGUUGCAUCGAAGGCUUUGAUACAACAGGAACACGACAAAUCGUUCCAAUCCCAAGUGAGCAACAACAAGAACGGAUCGCUGAAUCAGCAGGAGUCAUCGAGUGCACAUGCCGACCUAAUUCAUGCUGCUCGUAUCAGAAACUGCGAUACAGGAGUAGCGCUUAUUGAGAAUCAAACUCAAUUGGACAAUAAUAACAGCUACAUUGUUAAUCAAUCUACCAGUAUGUAUAGUAAUACUGAGAAGAAUUCGAUUUCUGACAAAGAAAAUUCAUUGGAUAACAAAACUUUUAAAAAAAACUGUAUAGUUUCAAAUAUCAAUGAGAAGACUGAUGUUAAAAUUAAAAGCAAUGGCACUAAGACCAACAGUGAUGCAUCAGUUAACAGUGACGCCGAAGUGAAAAAGAAGAAAUGGCCAUCCGGAAAAUCAUAUUAUAUUGCCAAAGAAAUGUUGAUGACUGAAAGGACCUACAAAAAUGAUUUAGAUGUAAUUACAAUGUGGUUUCGUAAAUAUCGCUCAUUAGAUGAAUCAAAUUCAUCAUUAAAUCUGCUUAAUGAACCUCACUUUGCAACACUAUCAGCUUUGGGCGAAGCUUUGUGUGCUUAUCAUGGAAUCCUUCUACACGACAUAGAACAAAGGCUUGCCCAAUGGGAAAGUAGAUCUGCAGCAGCUUCCUCACACCAUCACCAUCGAAUAUGUGACAUACUUCUUAAACAUCUUGCUAUUCUUCAACCGUUAUAUGAAGAUUACUUGGAAUCACAUUUUAUCGUGCUGCAAAAAUUGGAAGAUUCAUUUUGGUCAGAUGCACAAUUUCAACAGUUUUAUCGUGAUUUUGAACUCCAGAAAGUAUGUUAUCUUCCAUUUACCGCAUUCUUACUGAAACCGCUGCAAAGAAUUCUUCACUAUAAAUUAUUGAUAGACCGUCUAUUGGAUAUAUACCCCACAAAUCACUUAGAUCGUGAUAAUUGUGAAAAUGUAAAUACAAAUCUGUUGCAAAUUGCAAAAGAUAUUAAAGAUGUUUUUCCAGGAUCUGAAAAUUUUGUCCAACUUUGUGAGUUUCAACGUGAUAUAGUAGGAUUUGAUAACUUGGUUCAAGAGGAUAGGCAAUUAAUUAGAAUAGGAUGUCUUUUAAAGCAUUCAACACAUGGAGGAUUACAGCAAAGAAUCUUCUUCUUGUUUUCAGAUAUAAUGCUUUUUGCGUCAAAAAAUCCUAAACUUCAAACAUUUAAAAUUCAUGGACAUAUACCACUUAGAGCCUUGUUGUUAAAAGAUGGAGAUGAUCCGAGUUCGUUUGUGAUAUUUGGUGGAACAAAAUCUCUUACUGUAAAUUCUAACAGUGAAUCAGAAAAAUUGAAAUGGAUUCAUGAUAUCACCGAGGCUGUCCAGAAUGCAAAAAAUCAUGGCAAUUCCAAAGCUAAUUAUUUAAGCUUAAAAAGUUGCAGUUCUUCAGAGGAAAUCAUGGAUUUAUGUGGAUUAGAUUUAUCUGUUUCAAAUGUAUCUUCUCAACGCAAUAAUACUUCUUUGCAUGUCUGUUGGCAUAGAGCUACUACUAUUACUUUACAAGAUCAAAUAAUUCAAGCAGAAAAUCAGAUGUCUGGAUAUUUACUGAGAAAGUUCAAAAAUAGUACAGGAUGGCAAAAGUUAUGGGUUGUUUUCACAUCUUUUUGUCUAUAUUUUUACAAGACAUACCAAGAUGAAGCUCCGCUGGCCUCUUUGCCGCUGCUAGGGUAUCAAAUCGGACCUCCUUCUGCACAAGAUGAAAUAAAUAAGGAUUAUGUUUUCAAAUUGACUUUUAAAAAUCAUAUUUAUUUCUUCCGAGCUGAGAGUCAACAUACUUAUUUGAGAUGGAUGGAAGUAAUAGGCAGUAUAAAGUCAUAAAGUUAGAAAAUACUUAGGUAUCAAAGCAAUGAAGUUAAUAUUCAAGUGCAAUAUGAUAGACUAAACAAAAUUCUCAAAUGCUAUGAAAAAAGCAGCUCUCAAGAACUAGAAAUGCUUGAAAUACUUUGCAUAGAUGGUUUAUUUAUAAGCACAUAGUGCUGCUGUUGAGUUUAGUGCUGUCUUUUCUGCCAAGCACAGUUAUUAUUAAAUUAGUUCACUUAAAAUACAUAUUAUACACAAUUUACCAAUGUAUUGCAAUUGACAUUAAUAAAGUACAAAUU